AUGGCCAUCGGAUCCACGGUUACUGGUGCCGCUGGGGGUGGGAGUGUAGAGAAUGAACGGAUGGUGGCCGUGGUCGUGGCAGUGGUGGCGGUGGUCGUGGAAGUGGUAGCAGUGGUGGCGGCGGGCGUAGCGGCGGUGGUGGAGGAUCUGGAGAAGCCAUGGGCAGUGUGGUGGCGGGGAUUUCGGGGGAGUCUUGGGGAGAGUGUUUUUCUCUCAAUUCCCAGAUCAAAUCCCACAAAGAAAGAUGAUUUUUGUAGGUGGGUCGGUGUGGAUCCAUCUGAGACUCGAUCAUCUCCGUCUCAGGCAGGUGAUCUUCUGAUGGCCUUGUUGGAACACCCUGUUCUGGUAUCUUCUUCACAUUCAUUCAAAGCUAUCCCAGAGAGGAAGUUUCAGUUCGAGCAGGCUGGUUCAGAGGGAUCCACUCAGAGCAAAUGUGUUUACGUGUUCCAGAGAGAGUAUGCAACUGUUGACCCUAAGCUCGUGGAUUUGGUUGGCACCGAUGAAGCAACAACUUGUGUGGGCAUUGUGAUCCGAAACCGAAAAUCUGGAAUGAUCUCUGUUGCCCAUAUGGAUUCUCCCACUGUUGUUGAUGGAGGCCUCACCCAGAUGUUAUCACUUGUUCACAAUCACGGCUUUGAUGUCGAGUUGGAUGUGCAUCUUAUUGGUGGUUUCGACGAUUCCUCACCUAAGGCCAGCCAUAAAACUAGAUCAAAAAGGCAGGAAAUAUGGGAUGGUUAUUCCCUUCCUUUGUGCAUCAAAAUUAUUGAUGCUUUGUGGAGAAGCCGAGAAAAUUUUCACAUUCAAACUCUGUGUCUUCUUGGGCACAACACCAGAAGGGAUUCUGAAGGAAAUGGAUACCCCAUUUUCAAUGGGUUCUUGGCAGAAACUUCCACCGGGCGGAUCCUCCCAGCAAGCUUUGACAGAACUACCAGAUGCCCAGAAGAAAUUGUCCGGCGGAUUCGAGUGUCUGUCUCCUACGAGGAUCCCAGUUGGGAUGGCCGGUUACUUGAGACAUAUGACACUCGGACCGACCAAUUCAAAAUCGCGCCCUGCACCUGGACCAUGUGCCAGUUACACAUUGCUAUGACACUACAACAUCUUUCUGAUUCAGAAAUUCUCCGGACAUGCUCGACUUCACCUUCUGCAGAGGCCCCGGAUUUCUUGGACAAUAUCAGAAGGUGUUGGGACUACUUGACUCAUCGACCAGACUGGAGGGAGACCUUUCCAAUGAAGCAGCCUCGCGUAUUCAAGAGGACUGCAGGAGGCUGGGCAAGAUGCACACAGGGUUCUUCCAUAAACCACCCUACUCGGGUUGAUUACUCGGUAAAUUAAUUUCCAUGGCAGGAAGAUAUUAGGGCUAAGUGCAACUGGUUUCAUCGUACACAAUAGCUUGAGCAGAGAUGGCACUGAGAUUUGGUUGUUCACUAAUAGGCCUUACUUCUUGGCAUCAACUUUGCCAAGGGAAAAUUUGACUUGUUGGGUCGUUGUACUCGUUAUUCCCACUCCGACUAAGUUAACAUAUUUAAUUGAAAACCUAUUUUAAAAAA